AUGAGUAUUCACGCGCGUAUGAUAUUGGAUAGUGAAAUCUUUAAAGAAAAAGGCGAUAUUUAUGGCAAACAUCUAAACCUAUAUGACCCUACAAGGGAUAAAGUAUGUGAAAGCAAUGUGGCACGACAUCAGGAAAUUUUGUAUUACAACAAAGCCCUAUCUAUUAACCCAGAAAAUCAAUCCACCAGACCAACUUCAUCUUCUAAAAAUAACACCGAUGUUUUCUGUUCAAAAUUUCUAAAUGGCAUACACAUGGAUCUGGAUGCAUAUGAUGUGGUACUAUCUCCAAAGGCAAACUGUAUAUUGGUGACUUUAGGUUUAGGUAUUGGAUUUUUCGGAUUAGGAAUGAUUUUGUCUACUAGCAUUUUAAUGGCUGCAGGGACGAUCACUACUGCUAUAAUGAUAAACAAGUGUAGCAAUCCAAACACUAGUUUUUGUGAUUAUGAUCUUUAA